AAGCCCACAGUGAUGAUUCCUCCUCUGACAGAGGGACAGCAGAGCACACUGAGCUGCACUGCUCCUGGUCUCUGCUCUGGAUCUGAUCCUGAAAUCACCUGGACGUGGAGAGGAGCAGGAGAGAAGGACUCUCACAUCCCAGGAAACAUCACUGAUUUUAGGACUGAGAAUCUGACUGCUGUCACUUGGAGACACAGCUCAACCCUGACCUUUAACUCUUCAGCUGAACACCACGGUACCAAUAUCAGCUGUAAGGUCAGCUUCACAAACAACAUCAUUUUUCCAAGGAUCCUGAGCAGCUCUGGAUGUGAGGUUCAGUCGGGGGUCCUAACCUGUGUGUGCAUCAGUGAGGGGAUUCCUUUACCCACAAUCCAAUGGCCUCUGUUGAAAAACCAUGCUGAGUACUCUGUUAUGACCAAUAUGUCACACCACACAGUGAAUAUCAGCGUUACUGUAUCUGUCAAAGAUCACAACUACCCCACUGUUGAGUGUGUCAGCAGCAGUGACGUUGGGGAAGAGAAAAGGAACCUUACGAUAAAAAACAAGGAUUUCAAACCAGAGGAUGGACCAUGUGCAGUGCUUCCAUGGGCUGUUGUAGCUGUUGUCUCUCUCAUUGUGAAUGUCAUCUGCAUAAUCCUCUUGAUAUUGCUGUGGAACAUACGAAAAAAGGUGAAACCAAACCAAGAGGACAGGACUUACAUGUCACUGCAAAAAACCGACCUAUCACCAGAGUAUGAUGUCAUUGCUCAAACUCUUAACUAGCGUCAUCUUCCAGUAAGUGCUGUAGAAGCUGGUACUGCCAUACUUUUAUUCAACAUGUGUUAGAUUUUUUUAAUAUUACCUUUUUUGGAUUAUUUCAAAUUAAACUACUUUAUAUUUGUUUUAUACAGUAUUAUUUACACCUCUACACAUGGAUAUAUUACAUUCAUUACCGAUUAACUGAUAGCAUUUUUAACUUUGUUUAUUUAAACACCUUCACUUAUUGUUAUGUGGUCUCUAAAAAAGUGAUGGAGAUGCUUAUUGCAAUGUACUGUACACUUGUUUAAACAAAUCAUCCAUGGACAAAUUGCAAGUUGUACAGAAUGCAGCAGCAAGACUUUUGUCUAAGACCAGCAGGAGAUCACACAUUACUCCGGUGCUUAAGGCUCUUCAUUGGCUUCCAGUAGGUUUUAGAGUGCAUUUUAAAAUUUUAAUCACCACUUAGAGAGCCUUGCAUGGCUUACAUCCAGGAUCUAUUACCUGCCCAUACUCCUGGUCGUUCUCUGAGGUCUUCAGACCAAGACCUUCUAACUGUCCCCAGAACAAGUUUUAAAACCAGAGGUGAUUGAGCUUUUUCUGUGGUGGCUCAGAGGCUCUGGAACUCACUCCCUUUAGCCUUGAGAGCGUUGGAUUUUGUGGAAACUUUUAAAAAACACCUCAAGACACAUCUUUUAAGACAAGCUUUUAACUAGCAAUAUGGCUUAGUAAUUUAUGUGUUGCUGUUUAAUUUGUUUUUACUGUAAAGCACUUUGUGACCCUUCUUGUCUGUGAAAGGUGCUAUAUUAAAAAAAGUUUACUUAAUUACUUCUGAGAGAUUUCUAGUAUAAUCACAGUCAUCUGUUAUAGCUGGGAUCUAAGAUUUCUCCACCAGUGAAAAGCUCUGAAAACGUUAUUGUGUGAGUGAAAUGUAUUUCUAUUGAUAGUAAAAAUGUUUAUCAGAUGUUAUUGUGAUUGCAACUGUAUCUUUAACAAUGUCUCUGGAAUAUACUCUGUAAGAUGUAAAAAGUUUAUUUUUGCAGCAUGGUGUAUAUACUUGUUUUGGACAAUAAAGGCCAUUUUAAUUU